GCGCAGCUCCCGCGCGCCACUAUAUUAACCAACAGCAGAGCGCUGCGCGAGCGCUGGAAAUUCCUCCGCUGCACUGACAGAUUCAGACUGUGAUGUGCUCGCGCUCGGGACAGGGGGACCGGCACGCGCUACAGUGCUUUGGCUUCGUGGCACUCAGGAUAUAGGAGUAUAAAGCUACCCUUAGUGCUCGUUUUUUAUGUUUUGUUGGAUGAGUGACAGAAGCUCAGCAGUGCCUUCUGAAAACAUUGGGUAAUUUCCAAUCAUCUGCCAUGUUUGAGGGGUCGGAGUCCGCGGACACACAGGAAGUCAAAUCUGACAGCACCCUUGGGUCCUCUGUCUCCGCCUGCAAAAAGGUUUUGUGCAGCAACAGUGUUCUGGAUUCGUCGGAGUACUGGCUGAAGAACGAUAAGGCGCUCUGCAGAAUUGGAUUCCUGGAGGACCAGAAUGAUGGCGGAUGCCCGACAAUCUGCUUUGUAAACCUGGACAGACAUCCCCCUGAUCGACAUGACGACAGCUACAUCAAGAAACUGGCCUCGGUGUGCCCAGAGCUGCCACGGUUAAUUGAGUCUCUCGGAGUGAGGCAACCCAAAGAAAAUGAGAUUCUGCUUCUCAGCAGCCUGGAGUCAUCGGACUCCUGCCAGCAUGACCCAAGCCACCCACAGAACCAGAGAACAGCGGAUAUCUGUCUGGUGCAUUGUUCCUGUGGGCGCCGCCCUAACCAAACGAACAGUGUCGUUUUUGAGAUCAACAAAUUCCUGAUUGGACUACAGUCAGGGCAAGAGAGGCAGAGACAUGGCCGAUUGGCUGGUCAGCGGGCUGCUGAAGAUGACACCAACCGCUCUGUUUCGUCCAUUGAAGAAGACUUUCUCACUGCCUCCGAGCAGCUUGGAGAAGACAGUGAGGACAGUGACCCAUUCAGAAAUGAUCCUGAGAUUUCUAUCAUGCCGGUUAAGUCGGUUAAGGUGUUAAGAGCUGCCCACGCUCAAAGAAGGAGUGAAAUGGAGAGAGAGGAUAGUGAGGACUCCGAGACCCUCUGUACCUCUUCCAACUCCCAAAAGCUUUCAAGAACAUAUUGCUCCCAUUCAAGAGGCUCACCCGCCACCCCAAAACAAGUCAAUCGUCACACCAAUGAGUCUGCUGGCCACUAUGCCACCAAUCUCGCUGAAUCAGUCCUGCAAGAUGCUUUUAUUCGUUUGUCACAAGACGAGCCUUCUUUUGUGGCGGAGGCAGCUGUGAGUGUGUCCACAACCUCAAGUGAUGCAAGUCAUCCCACUGAAGAGCCACAGAGGGCUCGAGCCUGCUCUUUUGAACUUCCUAAAAUCGUGAUUGUCCAGAGUCCUGACAACAGUGAGGAGGUAACAGAGUGGCCGGAUGAACAGUCGCAUGUGACAUCAGAGCAUGAUGGUGUAAACAUAGCCAGAACGAAACCCCCCACUAAGCCAGUGGAAAUAGCUUUGGCAUGUGCUGCAAGUGUCAUCGGUACCAUUACCGCCCCUCAGGUCACAGAACAACUCACGCUGGAGUCAGGAGAAGAAGAUGAGCGUGAGGAUGAUGAUGAUGAUGAUGAUGAUGACGAAGAAGGGAGUGAAACCGAACAAGGGGAGUAUUCAUUUUCCUCUGCAGUAUGUGGGAUGUCUCAGGUCGCUGGAGCCGUAGCCGCGGUAGAUCUAGCGGAUGACUCUGGGGAUAAUGAAGACUUGACAGACAUGUAUUCUGCCUCUCUGGGACUUCUGUCAGUUGCCCAAGCUUCAACUGCAAUACCUCUCCACUGUAGCAUUGCAGAGGGCACCAGCGUUGAGGCUUUCAGAGCCAAUGUGGCUGAAGUUCUCCUCAGGGAAGCUUCAGCUGUACUCACCCACAGACAAAGUUAUUCAAGCGUUGCAAAUUUCCUUGAGACCACCCAUAACAAGAUAGUGGACGGCAUCACAAGACCAAGAAGGCCCUAUCAUGAGCAACAGGACGUGGAUAACUUUACCCAGGAAAUAUCAGGCAUUAUAUUCCAGAAUGCCCUUGAGAAGGCUGAGAAGAGAAAAGAGCUUGAGGGUCCUGGAAAAGAUGCCCCAAACAUUGAGGGUUUCCUCUUGGAUUGUGUGAAUAAUUUGCUCUUUGACGUCCUGUGUGUAACAUCAAGGAAAAUCAAGGAAAUUUCUAAAUGUGACAGGCAAGAAGGCAGUGUCAGCUUUAGGGAAUAUGAGGCUGAUACCAAGUCUGGGAGGGAAGCAUUGAGCCAAUUACAGCGUUUGAUUGAGCCAAGCCAGGCUUAUAAUCACGACGAGAGGCGAGGAAGUGUGGAGCAGUCUGGCCUCAUUGGGAAACGAGAGAGAGAGCAAAAGCACAUACAGGAGGACAGAGAAAAGGAGCCCAAACUGAAAGAACCCUACAGACUUGCUCUGAACAGAGUGACUGCCGCUAUAGUCAAAGAACAAUCUGACCUGGGCAGAAGUGACAAGACAACAGACUCUGCGCUCCCUUCAGCUGAGAGCUCACCACUUCACAUGGCACGAGGGAGGGCGGGAGGAGAGAGCGAGAUCAGACAGCAGUCCGUAUCACCUUCUUCCGGGACACUUGUGGCACUUAAAAUGGAUUCGGGUGAGUUCAAAACUCCCGUCACUUGCUUUGCGGAAGACUUGGCUACCACAGUAGUCUCCAUGGCUACAGAGCUGGCAGCGAUAUGCCUGGAGAACUCGAGCGGAAAGCAGCCAUGGUUCUGCGCUUUGAAGGGUGGCUUGGAAGGUCCAGAGGGACUGCUCCUGCCCUGCCGCACAGCGGCGGCACUGCGGCGAAAGGAGAUCCAAAAUGGCACCGCAGUCACCAAGAAACACAGACCUCCACGUCUCAGUGAAAUCAAACGUAAGACCGAAGAACAGCCUGAACUUAUGGAGCGCCUGGUCAACCGUGUCGUGGAUGAAACCGUCAAUCUAGAUGAACCCACAACUUCUGAUCCAUUCGCACUCUUUGCGUCAGAGGUCACAGCCAGGAUAUUGAACUGCCCAGAAUUAAGUGUGGUGGACACUUCCAAAUCUGGCCAGUCAUCUCGCAGUCGCAGCAUUUCUCUGCAGUGUGAGAAAUGGAGCAGCAGGGGGAAGGCGUCCAGCUACGAGAGCAUUCCAGAGGAGGACGGAGAUCCCUCCGGGAUGCUAAACACUUUGGGACCAGGUAACAGGCUUGGGCAUAAUUUGAGUCGAGGUAGCUCUAUCUCCAAGCAGUCCAGCUGUGAGAGCAUUACGGAUGAGUUCUCUCGGUUCAUGGUGAACCAGAUGGAGACCGAGGGUCGAGGGUUUGACCUUCUGCUGGACUACUAUGCUGGGAAAAACGCCAGCAGCAUCCUUGCAGCAGCUGUUCAGCAAGCUGCCAGUAAAAAGAACGGACACCUCAAUGUGCGGACGUCGUCUUGUCUCUCUAAACAGUCCAGCACUGAGAGUAUCACCGAGGAGUUUUAUCGCUUCAUGCUGAAAGACAUGGACAAGGAGAACAAGGACUACAGUCUGACCAAGACCAAAGAGUGGAGUAAUAGCCUAUUACCCCCGUCCCCCAGAACCCCCUUUUGUAUCCGUCAGUCUUCUGUCCCUGACAGGCGGUCCUCAGACUCCAGACUAACUGUAAACUCACCCAUCAAGGCUAACUCAUUCGACGGUUUCGCUCGAAAUGUCCACGGAGACUCACUCAACAUCUAUCCAACCAACUCUGUGUCAUCAACGGGACUCUGCAAGUCUGAUUCUUGCUUGUAUAAGCGCGGCCAAACGGACCAAAUCACAGACAUGCUGAUUCACGAAACCUGGUCCAGCUCUAUUGAGUCUCUAAUGCGCAAGAAUAAGAUAAUUGCGGAGCCCUCGGAGGACAGUUUGGAUCUCGAUUCUGCCGACUCGCAGCCACAUGUGCAGCUCUUUGCCAAUCGUCUAGCGGCAGACAUUGUAGAGAGUGGGAAAUCCUUGCUUGGAGGCCAACAGGACAUAACCGUGGCUGCUUGUCAGCCUCAAAUUCCAGUUGGAGAAAGAAGACAUGGCUUUAAACACUCUCGUCGUGAAAAUGGUGGAAACCGGCCAAGCUUGGAGCGUCAGGAAAAUAGCUGUAGCUCCCACAGUUCCUCCUGUGUGCGGCAAGCGUGGCGAGGACAAAGGGAGGUACCCUUGAUUCACAUUGAACCAGAUCAAAGAGAAGAGGCCUCGGGAGACAAGGGCAAGGUUGGGCCUCAUCAGAUCCAGCUACAAAGUGGUAGAGAGAGUGAGACAGCGACCAAAAACAGUGACAAAGACAGAGCCUCCUCAGUGGCCUCUGCUGGUGUGGAGGUGGAGCGACGCUCUCUCAGCGCUAGCAGUGAGGAAAGUGGCUCAGGCAGCUGGGCCCAGAUUGCCCCUGAAGACGACCCUCAGGAGGAGACCACCAGUAGCUUUAUCCAGCUAAGCGAGGGAAAUGGAAACAGCAGCGCCUCUAGUCUGGGAUUUGCAGACCUGGAGGGCUUUCUAGACUUCUCCAUCUCCAGCAACCUAAUCAGUGAGGAGAGAGAUAGGAAGGCAUCGCACUGUCAAGAUCAGGCGGAUGAAGCGACAUCGGGUUUGUCCACAGCCGGCAGCAGCUGUCAGAGGGAGCUUCUGGUGCUGAACUUUGACCUGGAACCAGAGUGUGUGGAUGGAGAGCUAAGAGCAGCGCUUCAGUGGAUCGCUGCGUCUGAGCUCGGCGUGCCGGCGCUUUACUUCAGAAAGACUCAGGAGCACAACCUCGCUAAGUUCCACAGAGUGGUGCAGUUGGCAGGUCAGAAGGCUUGGCGUGUUGGUGACUUGUUCAGCGCUGUGGCUCAGUUCUGUCAGCUCCACCAGGACCUGGAGCAGAGAGGACGGCCGGUGCCCAGCCUGUUUGACUGGAUAUUGAAGACCAAGCGCUAGAGCGCCACCCAUCUACAGGCCAGAAGUUGAAGACGCCACAUAUACACGUUUAAAGUCUGGAGUCAGUGUGAAAACACCAACAAACAUCCCAUUUGAGCCGCCAACUCACCCUCAGCGCCACCAACUAAAAAAAUACGCCUCUUAGAUUCAACAGACCAAUCCAAAACACCACCAUCAGAACAUUUUUCUAGAGCUCAGCUGCGAAACUCUCUGUUUAUCACAAGUUAGCAAGGUUUACAAGAUGCCCACACACAUUCAUGGCUCUCAAUCCCACAAUUCUUAGCAUGAGACCUCCUAAGUAGCGAAUUUGCCACCUCUAAUCACCAGCACAUCCCACAUCUUACAGCCGACACAAACUUUUAUUCCGAUACCUCCAUCGCUGUCACACUUGCAUAUGUCCUUGCUAGAUAACAGGAAUUCUGGGAGUUACUGUAGGAAGAAAAUGCCUUGUCCAUAAAUAUGUGCUAGAGAUGCUCAUUCGCACAUCACAUAGAUUGUGGUUUGAGGAUUUUUCCCUUUAAAUUAAGCAUGUUCCUGUCUUUACGCGCACGCAACGUUAGAUCCACCGGCUAGCGCUGGUUAGAGGAACACAGUUCAAACCAACCAAUCAGCCUUGACGUUUUGUAGCUUGCAGAUUUUUACUGUACGACAAACCCGUUUCAAAUGCACAACGUGACUUUUUACCAAGAAAAAUAGACAAGCGAGCUGUGGCGAUUUUAAGGGAUUUAAAAACAUUUCAAUGUUUGUAUUUAAAGUGAAAUAUAGUGAGAUCUCAUUCCAAACUUACUUUGUUGUUUUAAGUUUACAUCGACGAACACGUUCAGUCCUUUUAUUGUACCUCUGAGACUGAAUUCUAUGUUUAGUUUUUUUGUGACUACUGUUAUUUAAGAGAUUUUAUUUUGGUUAGAUGUAAAUAGUCUAGAUUGUGAGCUAUUGUACCUUCGGGCUGCAAAUGGAAAUUUACGUUUUCGGUUUUACGAUUGCAAAGACAGGCAGACGGACAGGAUUACAGCACCAAUACUGUAAACAUUUUGAGGAUAAACAUAAAAGAGUAUAUUUAAAGUGCAAGUACAGUUCUGUCACGUAAAAGUUGACGUGUAAAUGUGAAAUCUGGUGGCAUUUUGGUUUUCUCCGCAUAGUAACAUAAUAGUAACGUGUUUUAAUGUCGGCGUUGAAGGCACACAACUGUAUCCAGUCUGUCACGGUAUACCUGAAUGUAUUUAUCUUUUCAAAAUAAAAUUUGCGUAGAGUGA